AGUGUAAAGCUGGGCAGAAACAAGAAGAUAAAAGCGAACUAUACUAAAAUAAAUACCAAGUAAAUAUCAGCUUGUUUUGUCAAUACUUGUUAGAAGACCUCGUCCCGAAUUCUAAUUUAUUACUAAUAACCCUUCAAAAUGUCUUUUAGCCAGAAAACUGGACCAGUUAGCGCAGGUGGACCCGGUUUUGUUGGUAUCAAGUUCUGUCAAGAAUGUAACAACAUGUUAUAUCCGAGGGAAGACAAGGAAAAUAAAGUUCUUUUGUAUGCUUGCCGAAACUGUGACUAUCAAGAAGUGACCACUAACAAUUGUAUCUAUGUCAAUAAAAUUACCCAUGAAGUGGAUGAAUUGACGCAAAUCGUAUCGGAUGUCAUUCAUGAUCCUACUUUGCCGAGGACAGAGGAUCACGUUUGUCCCAGAUGUAGUCACAAAGAAUCUGUGUUCUUUCAAGCUCAGAGCAGAAGGGCUGAG